AUGCCAGCUCAGCAGCGUCACAUCCGGACCAAGAAUACACCAAACGGAAGGAAGAAGGGAAUGAGAAGAGGAGGGAAUCAUAGCACCAAGUCCCGUCUAAUCGAUUUGGAUCUCCCAACGAAGAAGAUGAAGACUGAUUUGAGAUUGUCCAUCUCCUCGACUCCUCAUUCUCCAGUACAUCUUCGAACAGCUGCUUGGAAGGAACCCAAGAUUUUGGGGGUUCCAAAGAGCCGGCUCCAACCCUUCCUUCGUGAAAUUUCCACUUUGAUGUCUCGAGAGUUGAGGCAUGUCUUGAAGCGAUCUCUGGAUCAUAUUGCCAGCGUGUUCAGUGAAGGCCCACUUUUCCCUCGAAUCAUUCUCAUUUUCACCUUGGAAGAGGAUGGGAUCGAAAUCCAUCCGAAACGGGAGGAGAUUCUCCAGACCAUGACAUCUAUUCUGAUUACGGUGAGAGGGUGUCUGCAAAACUUCAAGACAGUCGAGAGUGUCGUUCCCAGCUUGACGAGGGGAGAGGCCAUCCAAUACAUCAAUGCCGCAUUGACUCAUGAUGUGUAUGAGGGAGCCUUGCAACUAACCCUCGACUCCAUGUGUCACCGGUAUCAAGCACCAAUGGCCCUGCUGGAAAACUUGAGCAAAUCCUACGGAUGGCUAUGCGAAAAAGAGCGCACACGCCGACUCGAGGAAUUUCUUGCCUCUCGUCCAAGUCUCGAAGCGACUAUGAAAGAAUAUUGGAAGUAUCGAGAAAUCGUGGACGAGAUGGGAGGGAUUGCCAUCACUCAAUUGUUCCCCAUGUUCCACGUCUCGCUGAAGGAACUAAAGAGAGAUCUCGUUGAAGCUGCUCACCAGCAAGCAACUCUUCUCAUGGAUCACAUCAUGCGAGACCAUCGCGCCAAAUGCAAACAAAUCUGUCACGAGUUUGAGGAGAUUCGGAAUCUGGCCGAGACGUAUCCCGAGAAUACGGAAAGUCUCCUGCAAAUGGUCGAGGACAUGGCUAAGAUCAGGAAGGAGAAACUGGAAUCUCUGAUCGAGGCUCUGGAGCUCCUCAAGCCUUCAAUCGUAACCCUAGCGGCAGAAGGAGAACUCACGGAAUCAGACAUUGCUCUUCACGUGGAGACGAUCAUGUGGCCGACGAAUAUUCUUCCUUAUUUUACUUCCAACACUAAUAUGUUGGACGAGCAGAAAGACACGUUUGAAUUGCAACUGCAGCAAAAAACCGAGAAUCUUAUCGUAGAGCUCGAUCGCUUGAAAUCUCGGCUUAAGGAGCUGGACGACUGUGGGGAGAUUGAAUCAGUGGAUGCCUACCUGCAUGAAGUGCUGAAACUUCAGUCCCGCCUGGAAGAAUAUGAGAAGGCAGCGGAUUGGAUCAACGAACAGGAAGGUCUUUUCAAGAUGCCAACUUCUUCCUAUCCAGAACUUCGACUGAUUCGAGCUGGCUUGGAACCUUUCUACCAACUCUUUUCAACGAUACGUCAGUGGCAGAGAAAUGAGAAAAAAUGGCUCGAUGGCGCUUUUGUCGAUCUCAGUGCUGAAGUUGUGGAGUCUGAAGCCGAUGAGCUUUCCAGAGAGCUGUAUCGACUGCAAAAAUGGUUCAAGUCAAAGUUUAAGCAGCAACAGAUGGACGUCGACCCUCGAUUUGGGGGCUUCCGAGUUAACCUCGAAGAUGAAACCUGUGAAAACUUGCCUGGUCCGCUGCGAAUGUGUUCUAUCAGCAUCAGUCGCCUCAAGGAUUUCAAGCAACACAUCCCGAUGAUCUCGGUGCUGUGCAACCCGGGGUUGAGAGCAAGGCAUUGGGCUCGGAUGUCCGAGGCCGUCGGGAUGGACAUAGCCCCUACUGCGGGAACGAGCCUACGUCGGAUGCUCGCCCUCGACCUUCCUCCUCAUUUGGAGAAGCUCGAGAACGUCAGCACCGCUGCCAGCAAGGAGUAUGCCCUCGAGAAGGCCCUGCAGAAGAUGAAGGAGGAGUGGACUUCCCUCCAGUUCUCGACUUCCGUGUACAAGGAUAGUGGAGUGAAGAUUCUCUCUUCCCUGGAUGAAAUCCAGAUUCAACUCGAGGAUCAUAUAGUAAAAACAAUGACUAUGCGAGGCUCUCCUUUCAUCAAACCCUUGGAAGGAUCAAUAUUGGAAUGGGAAGGGAUGCUCCUCCGUAUUCAAAGUACAAUCGACGAGUGGCUCAAGAUUCAAGCGCAGUGGCUGUACUUGGAACCCAUCUUCAGCUCUCAAGAUAUCAUGCUUCAGAUGCCCGAAGAAGCUGCCAUGUUCAAGGAAGUUGAUGCUACGUGGGGACGAGUGAUGAGCCUGCUAGACACAGACAGAAGCGUCAUGAACGUGGCCGGCAAAGAAGGGACCAUGGAGGAGUUGAAGAAAGCCAAUAGUCUGCUGGAUCUUGUCAAUAAAGGCCUCAAUGCCUACCUCGAAAAGAAGAGACUCUUCUUCCCUAGGUUCUUCUUCCUAUCAAACGACGAGAUGUUGGAGAUCCUAUCGGAGACAAAGGACCCGAUGCGGGUGCAGCCACAUCUGAAGAAAUGCUUCGAAGGGAUCAGUUCUCUAGAUUUCGACGCUGCCCUGGACAUCCAAGCCAUGCUGAGCCAGGAAGGGGAAAGGGUUGAGUUCUCACGGGCCAUCUCCACUGCUGAGGCCAGGGGUGCCGUCGAGAAAUGGCUCGUUCAGGUGGAGGAGGUGAUGGUCCAGUCCGUGCACGACGUGAUCGGGGCUGCUCGGGAGGCCUACACAAAGGAGCCGAGGACGGAAUGGGUCCUUCAUUGGCCCGGUCAGGUUGUCCUUUGUGUCUCUCAGAUAUACUGGACACAAGAAGUCCAUGAGGCCAUCCAGGGUGGUACUCGAGGUCUCAAAGAGUUUUACAACAAAUCUCAAAUGCAGUUGAGGGAGAUAGUGAAUCUGGUGAGAGGAAAAUUGACACCCUUGCAUCAGCUGAGUCUUCAGGCUUUCGUCGUCAUCGAUGUCCAUGCGAAGGAUGUCGUCGCGGACCUGGUUGAAAAGGGUGUGUCGUCUGAAGAUGACUUCCAUUGGCUCUCGCAACUUAGGUAUUAUUGGGAAGGUGAGGAGGUGCGAGUGCGUAUCACUAAUGCCACGGUAGCGUAUGCGUAUGAAUACCUGGGCAACACGUCUCGUCUCGUCAUCACGCCUCUCACGGACCGGUGCUAUCGGACUCUCAUCGGAGCCUUUCACCUUCAUUUGAAUGGAGCCCCAGAAGGCCCAGCUGGAACUGGGAAGACGGAGACGACCAAGGAUCUUGCCAAGGCCUUGGCCGUUCAAUGUGUGGUCUUCAACUGCUCCGACGGCCUCGAUUAUAUCGCCAUGGGCAAGUUCUUCAAGGGGUUAGCAUCUUCCGGCGCCUGGGCUUGCUUCGACGAGUUCAACAGGAUCGAACUGGAAGUCCUAUCCGUAGUCGCCCAGCAGAUUUUGUCCAUCAUUCGAGCCGUUCAAGCUAACGUCAACAGUUUCAGUUUCGAGGGAACUGAGCUGAAACUGAAUCCCAACUGUUAUGUCUGCAUCACGAUGAAUCCUGGAUAUGCCGGACGGUCCGAACUCCCGGAUAAUCUCAAAGUCUUGUUCAGAACCGUGGCCAUGAUGGUGCCAGAUUACGCCAUGAUCGCUGAGAUUUCCCUCUAUUCGUGUGGCUUCGUCGAGGCAAGGAGCCUCGCAGUGAAGAUCGUCACCACGUAUCGUCUCUGCUCUGAACAGCUUUCUUCCCAGUGUCAUUAUGACUACGGCAUGAGAGCCGUGAAGGCGGUACUUCUCGCAGCGGGGAAUCUGAAGCAAAAGUUCCCAGAGGAGAGGGAAGACAUUCUCGUUCUUCGAUCCAUCAUGGACGUGAAUCUCCCAAAAUUUCUCUCUCAUGACAUCCCUCUGUUCGAGGGCAUCAUAUCUGAUCUCUUCCCUGACGUUUCCCUCCCAGAAGCCGAUUAUGCUUCCUUCCUUCAGUGUGCCAAAGAGGUAUGUAAAGCAAAGAACCUGCAAGCUGUAGACCCCUUCCUUCAAAAGAUCAUCCAAGUGUACGAGAUGAUGAUAGUGAGGCAUGGAUUCAUGCUGGUCGGGGAUCCAUAUGGAGGGAAGACUGCUGUCUUACAGGUUCUGGCUGCCACUCUCACACUCUACAGUGAAAAGGGCUUUCCGGAAAAACCCGUGGAGUAUGAGAUCAUCAACCCCAAGUCCAUCACUAUCGGCCAGCUCUACGGCAAAUUCGAUGACAUCUCUCACGAAUGGACUGAUGGAGUCUUGGCCACAGCGUUCAGGAAUUUUGCUACGAGCGAGAAGGAGACUCGGAAAUGGAUCAUCCUCGACGGACCCGUGGACGCGGUGUGGAUAGAAAACAUGAACACGGUGCUGGACGACAACAAGAAGCUCUGUCUCAUGUCUGGAGAGAUCAUAUCCCUCACCUCUUCCAUGAGCGUCAUUUUCGAAGUCAUGGAUCUGUCUCAGGCAUCUCCAGCGACAGUCUCACGUUGCGGGAUGAUAUAUUUCGAGCCAGCUCGAAUGGGCUGCUUCCCAAUGGUCGACUCCUGGCUGUCCACCUUAGAUCCCCUUUGGGCAGAGAACCAGAGCUCUCUCAUUCGGGAUAUGAUCUCUUGGCUUCUCCCUCCAAGCUUGACUUUCAUCCGCAAGUACGGCAAGGAAGUCAUCCCGUCGAACUCGACUAACCUGGCAAAAUCACUGAUGGAUCUAACCCAAAUGGUGAUGACCACGGCAAUCAAGAAUGCUCUCGAGAAUCGGGACCCGAAAGAGAGAGAAUACGGGAAGCAUUUGAGAGCCUGGAUUCAGGCGUCUCUCCUCUUCUCCCUUGCUUGGUCUGCUGGCGGACUCCUUAAUUCCGACUCUCGCAACAAGUUUGAUUCCUUCCUUCGAGAACUUCUUUCCGGGAAAAUGGACGGUCACCGGACACCUGAGACAAUUGGAAAGUUGGAAUGUUCCUACCCCUCCGAGGGCGUCAUCUUCGACUUCUUUUACGAGUUUCGACAACGAGGGUCAUGGAAGCCGUGGAAUGAGCUCAUCAAGAACGCCGAGAUCCCAGAGAACAAAAACAUUAGAGAGAUCAUAGUACCUACGGUGGACACUGCCAAGUAUCAGUAUCUCAUGGACCUCUGCAUUGAAUACAAGAAACCUCUGUUGAUUGUCGGUCCAACGGGGACAGGAAAAAGUACUUACAUCCAAGAUAAACUUCUCAAUGGAAUAUCUAAGGAUAAGUAUAUGCCUCAUUUCAUCACCUUCUCUGCGCAGACCACGGCGAAUCAAACUCAGGAUUUGAUCAUGCUGAAGUUGGAAAAGCGUGGCCGAGGACAUUACGGUCCUCCGGCAGGGAAGAGGUGCAUCAUCUUCAUCGAUGAUAUCAAUAUCCCCGCCAAGGAGGAAUACGGAGCUCAACCACCAAUCGAGCUCCUCCGUCAAUAUCUGGAUCAUGGGCACUGGUUCGACAGGAAGGACACGUCCAAGUUAUACAUGCAGGAUGUUCAAUUCCUGGGAGCAAUGGGACCUCCGGGCGGGAGUCGGAAUCCCCUCAGCCCUCGAUUCUCUCGCCAUUUCUCCACCAUCGCCAUCAAUCCCUUCUCGGAUGAGACUAUGACCCGCAUUUUCAGCAUCAUCAUGACCACUUACAUGAAGGGGAUGGAAUUUCUGCCAGAGAUGUUGGGGGUCGUGAAUCCUUUGGUACAAGCUACAAUGGAUGUAUAUAAAGCUGCAAUUACGACCCUCUUGCCUACUCCUGCCAAGUCGCAUUACAUCUUCAAUUUGAGGGACUUCGCUCGCGUCAUCCUAGGCUGUUGCUUGAUACGGAAGGAGUCCGUAGAGAACAAACGAGUCUUCACCAAACUGUGGGUUCACGAGGUGCACAGGGUGCUCAAUGACCGACUGAUUGAUGACGAGGAUCGUGUCUGGCUCCACGAUCUCCUCCGUGAAAUGGUCCGCAUCCACUUCAAAGAGAACUUUGACACCAUUUUUGAAUACCUUGGGAAAGAGAAGGGAAAGGUAUGCGAGCACCACAUGCAUGGAUUGAUGUUUGGCGAUUACUUAAACCCCGAUGCCCUGCCCGAGGAGCGAAAAUAUGAAGAAGUCACGGAUUUGGAGGAUUUCCAGAGAGUGGUACAUGUGUCCAUGGAGGAAUAUAAUAAUACCCAUAAAUCACACAUGGAUCUUGUAAUAUUCCGGUACGUCCUGGAACAUCUGUCUCGCAUUUGCCGAGUGUUCUGCAUACCAGGAGGUCACGCUCUCCUCGUCGGAGUCGGGGGAUCAGGUCGACAGAGUCUCACUCGUCUUGCUGCCCACAUGGCCGGCUAUUCUCUGUUUCAACCGGAAAUUACAAAAAAUUUUGGGAAGCAAGAUUGGCAGAACACUCUGAAGGCGGUGUUGAGAUGUGCAGGGGCUCAGGGGAAAAGAUCCGUCUUCCUCCUCAAUGAUAAUCAGAUCAAGGAUGAGUCCAUGCUCGAGGACAUCGAUGCCCUACUCAAUUCAGGGGAAGUGCCCAACCUCUUCCAACCCGAUGAAAAGGGUGAAGUCAUGGAGGCAGUCAGAUCAUACGCUCAAAGUCUAACUGGGAAUAGACACGCCGAAUUCACGCAUUUGGAGCUUUUCGCUCAUUUUGUGGCUCGAUGUCGAGAGAAUUUACACAUUGUGAUAGCUUUCAGUCCCAUCGGAUCUGCCUUCCGGAACCGCCUUCGCCAGUUUCCUUCCUUGAUCAACUGUUGUACCAUCGACUGGUUCCAGCCUUGGCCAGAGGAAGCUCUUGAGAGGGUAGGAAAGAAAUUCCUGGAAUCGGUGGAUUUACCAGUAAAUCUGAAGCCUCAGGUCAUCGACUGUUGCAAGUACUUCCACACCAGCGCCAGGGAUUUGUCGAAGCGGUUCUAUGCCGAGGUGAAGCGGCAUGUGUAUGUCACGCCGGCCUUUUACCUGGAACUACUUUCCUCCUUCAAGAGCCUAAUCAAUGAGAAGCAAUCAGAAACGAUCGCGGCGCGCCAGAGAUACAUGGGUGGACUGCACAAACUGGACUUUGCAGCACAGCAGAUAGUGGCGAUGCAAGCGGAGCAGGCAGCUCGGCAACCCCAGUUGGCCGAGAUGGUGACGAGCACGAAGGAAAUGGUGGAGAGGAUCCAGCACGAGAGCCAAGAAGUGGAACGGGUGACCGGGAUCGUGAGGGCGGAGGAAGCCGUCGCCAAUAACCAGGCCGCCCAGGCCCUCGCCCUCAAAGACGAAUGUCAAGCUGACCUAGCUCAGGUCAUCCCUAUCCUCGAGCGUAAGCCAGCCAUCUAUCGUAUCAAUUUUUCCAUCUCGUCGAGGGAUCAUCGUCUGAUUGAGAGGGUCUUACUCCGCAAAACAGAGGCGAACAGGGCGCUGGAGACACUGAAGCCAUCCGAACUGACGGUGGUGAAGUCCAUGAAAAAUCCCCCGAAAGCGGUGAAGCAGGUCCUUGCAGCCGUCUGCGUGAUGCAGGGAGAGCCCCCAGAGAAGAUCACCGAUCAGCGCACGGGCAAGAAGGUGCUUGACUACUGGGCUCCAAGUCUGAAGUUGCUUAGCGAUAUCCGGCUAAUGGAGACCCUGAAACAGACGAGUGAAGAGCUGAAAAAUAAUACUUUGCCUGCCGAUCGGAUCCAGAAAAUUCGUAAAGAUUUCAACAUCCCAAAAAAUCCUGAUCUGCAGCCACAUAUUGUGGCCAAGGCUUCUCAGGCCGCAAAGGGGCUCUGUGAGUGGAUUCUGGCCAUGGAGGCAUACGAACGCGUCGCAAAGAUUGUAAGACCAAAGCAGGAGAGCUUGAAAGAAGCAGAAGAGAAGUUGGCACAGACACAGGAGAUCUUGGAGCAGAAGAGGGCAGCCCUGCGGAAAGUGGAAUUGGAAUUGGCGGAACUUCAACUUCAGCUGGAACAGCAGCAGGAGCAGACGAGGCAGCUUCAAGCUGAGAUGGAGAUGUGUGCUGUGAAGUUGGAUCGAGCCCAAAAGCUCAUUGGGGGCCUGGGCGGAGAGAAGCACCGAUGGACGGGAGCUGCUGCUCUCUUGAAGAAAGUCUAUGACUCCCUCGCCGGGGAUAUUCUUCUCUCGGCUGCCAUCAUCGCCUAUCUCGGGCCUUACACGUCUUCCUUCAGGAGUUCCUGCACAGACGAUUGGCUUGAAAUGUGCAAGAAAAGCAACAUUCCCUGCUCGGCGGAAUUCAACCUCAGCGCAACUCUUGGAAAUCCACUGAAAAUUCAGAACUGGAAUUCCGCCGGUCUUCCCAAGGAUGCCUUCUCUAUCGACAAUGCCAUCAUUAUUCAUAACGCCCGACGGUGGCCCCUAAUCAUCGAUCCUCAAGGGCAAGCUAACAGAUGGAUCAAGAACAUGGAAAGGGAGAAUCAGUUGUCUGUAGUCGGCUUGAAUCACGCGGAAUUCACACGAAUCCUGGAAACGUGUAUCCAACUGGGUAAACCCUUGCUGAUCGAGAAUGUGGGAGAAGAUAUCGACCCAUCAUUAGAACCUCUCCUACUCAGGGAAACUUUCAAGCAAAGCGGGAUGGAAAUGCUGCGUCUUGGAGAUUCUUUGCUUGAAUACAACGUCAAAUUCAGGCUGUACAUCACGACCAAGCUCCGGAAUCCCCAUUAUCUGCCGGAACUUGCCACGAAGGUUACUCUUGUGAACUUCAUGGUCACACCGGUGGGUCUCGAGGAGCAGUUGCUGAGCAUGGUGGUGGCCAAAGAACGGCCAGACCUGGAGUCAGGCCGGCAGAGUCUCAUCACCCAGCAGGCAGCGAACACUCAAGCCCUGCAGGAGAUCGAGGACAAAAUCCUUCACACCCUCACUACUUCACAGGGAGAUAUACUGGAGGAUGAAACUGCUGUUCAGAUACUCAAUUCCUCCAAAGUGCUGUCAGACGAAAUCACACGGAAGCAGGAAGUCGCCCGGGAAACGGAAGUGAAAAUAGAGGAAUCUCGACAAGCAUACCGUCCUGUGGCCAAGCAUUCCGCCACUCUUUUCUUUGCCAUCACCGACCUGCCGAAUAUCGAUCCCAUGUACCAAUAUUCCCUCAAUUGGUUCAUAGCUCUCUUCGUUUCGUCUAUCGAGAACAGCAACAAGUCUAAAAUCUUGGAUAAGAGGUUGCACUACCUGCGAGACCAUUUCACGUACAACCUCUACAGCAACGUGUGUCGAUCUCUCUUCGAAAAAGACAAGCUCCUGUUCUCCUUCCUUCUAUGUACCAGCCUUCUCUUAGAGAAGCAGUCCCUGAGGAGGCAGGAAUUCAUUUUCUUUCUCACCGGCGGAGUCGGACUUGAGAAGACAAUGCCAAAUCCUGCAUCUGGUUGGCUCCUGGACAAGUCCUGGGAAGAAAUGUGUCGAAUGGGGACUCUCCCGCACUUCGAAGGCUUUGUGGACUCUUUUGCGGACAACAUCGACUCAUGGAAGGAGGUGUACGAGAGUAAGGAGCCUCAUACGGCAAAAAUGCCUCGUCCGUGGGAUGAUAAAUUGACACCAUUUCAGAAAAUGAUCGUUAUCCGAUGUCUCAGGCCAGACAAGGCGGUACCCAUGGUGACCCAAUUCGUGUCGACGCACUUGGGUCCAAAAUUCACUCACCCGCCGCCUUUCGACCUGGUCAAGUCGUAUGCAGAUUCUUCCGCCACGAUCCCUUUGAUUUUCAUUCUUUCAACCGGGGCGGAUCCCAUGUCGGCUCUUCUUCUAUUUGCUGAAGAUAUGGGCUUUGACUCGGAAAAAUUUCAUUCUAUCUCCCUCGGUCAAGGCCAGGGUCCAAUAGCGGAAGAGUUGAUCGCUUCAGCUCGUCAGGAAGGAAAUUGGGUCGUUCUUCAAAACUGCCAUCUUGCCAUUUCAUGGAUGUCAACCCUUGAGAAGAUUUGCGAGGAUCUCCCGGCUGAGAAUGUGAAUCCAUCCUUCCGCCUCUGGCUUACUUCUUAUCCGUCUGACAAGUUCCCAGUGACGGUGCUGCAGAACAGCGUGAAGAUGACGAACGAGCCGCCGACAGGAUUGCGGAACAAUCUCCUCCAGUCCUUCCAAGGACCUCCGAUCAACGCGGAGGGAUUCCUCUCUUCCUGUCCAGGGAAGGAAGGCACGUUUGCCAAACUUCUUUUCUCCCUUUGCUUCUUCCACGCUCUUGUUCAAGAAAGGCGGAAAUUUGGCCCCAUCGGCUUCAACAUCCCGUACGGAUUCAAUCAGUCCGACUUGCACAUCUCCAUCCAGCAGCUGCAGAUGUACAUCAUUGAAUAUGCCGAGGUGCCAUACGAUGCCAUCACGUACAUGACUGGGGAAUGUAAUUACGGAGGGAGGGUGACAGACGAUUGGGACCGUCGGACUCUUCUCACCAUUCUGGAGGACUUCUACAAUCCGAACGUCGUGUCUCAACCCAAGUAUCUCCUUUCCCCAUCUGGCUCUUACUUCGUGCCCAACAAGUCCUCUCACGAGGACUUUAUCGACUACAUCAGGAUAGCCACGGAGAUCCUUGCGAGACUGCCGCCAGAUUUCGACCUGGAGGCGGCUCAGGCCAAGUAUCCCGUGUCUUACGCAGAAUCCAUGAACGUCGUCCUCGUUCAAGAAAUGGCCCGCUUCAAUGGACUACUGGACGUCAUCCGGUCAUCCCUGCAACAAAUUCAGCGUGCUGUCAAGGGUCUCAUCGUCAUGAAUGAGGACUUGGAAACACUGGCAUCUCAGCUCCUGCUGGGGAAGGUCCCGCACUUUUGGAUGAAGGCUUCGUAUCCUUCCCUCAAGCCUUUGGGCAGCUACAUUACGGAUUUUCUCGAGAGGCUUCACUUCCUCAUGACGUGGUACAAGAAAGGGAAACCGAGUGUGUUUUGGUUAUCGGGCUUCUACUUCACGCAAGCCUUCUUGACUGGAGCCCUGCAGAAUUAUGCUCGGAAGCACAAGAUCCCGAUCGAUCACCUGACCUUGGAUUACACGGUUAUCGAGUUGGAAGGAGUGGUGACUCCUCCCGAAGAUGGAGUCUACAUUUCCGGUCUCUUCCUUGAUGGGGCUCGGUGGGACAGGGAAAAGAGUGUGUUGAGCGAGCAACUUCCCCGGGUCCUCUACGAUACGAUGCCCAUCAUUUGGUUUCGGCCCCUGCUGAGGUCGGAAUUGGAAGAAGGGUCCCGUUACGUGUGUCCCCUAUAUCGAACGUCAGAGAGGAAAGGGACAUUGUCCACCACGGGGCAUUCCACCAAUUUCGUUCUCUCCAUGCUUCUGCCCACUUCCCCUCAAGUUCCACGGAGACACUGGGUCAAGCGAGGUCUCGCUCUCCUCUGUCAGCUGGAUGAUUGAAACCAUCCCUUCACUGAAUAGUGCUUUGGGAUAUCGAACGGAGACGGCCUCGACGUCAUGGAAGUAGCCAUCGGAAAGUGUAUGCGAAAAUUUUACUUCUGGAGUUUUGAAACGAAGAAACUGGAACGAUUUGGUCAUUUUUCAUUAUUGUGAGAUGACGAAAUUCACGAAUGUACUUUCGGAUAAUAAAAAAUAAAUAAACCG